AAUGCUGCGUUAACAUGCUCUAUUAUACACCGGAAUUUUGUAAAAAAAUCUUUGGGCCGACGUAGCCUUAGAACCGGUGCUGCACAGCCCCACAAGACUUUCUGCUGAAAACAAGGUGUGUUCCGAUGCGUUUCACCCACGCUGAAAAAGAUGGUGAAGUACUAAAGCGAGCCGAUAACCCUACCAAGUCCUGCAAAGCUAGGGGAUCUCAUCUCCGUGUUCAUUUCAAGAUGGAUUGGCAAGGGCAGAAGCUAGCAGAGCAGCUCAUGCAGAUAAUGCUGGUGAGCUCUGCUGUGGUGGCAUUUAUUUCAGGCUAUGUUUUGGGCUCAUUUCAGAUAAUGCUGCUGAUAUAUGCUGCUGGCGUUCUAUUGACUUCUCUCAUUACUGUUCCCAAUUGGCCUUUUCUCAAUCGUCAUCCCCUCAAAUGGUUGGACCCAAGUGAAGCUGAGAAGCAUCCCAAACCAGUGUCUGCUAAUACUAGCUCAAAGAAGAAGGCUGGCAAGAAAUCAAUGGCAGAAACAAUGUCUGUAUCUCCAACGAAUUUUCAUCUGACAAUUAGCUCUUUACCAGCAUGCUGUUUUCUACUCAAAUGCAUCCACAGAGGACAGGUAUUACCUACUCAGUUUGAAUUGUUGCUUCAUCAGCAUCAUUGCAAUAGAAUCAUUCUAAGGGUUGGACUGCGGCAAUGGACUAUCACAGUUACUGAUCAUUCAUUCGAAGAAGGGUGGGAUGCUUUUUGUGAACACAACAUUGUUAAAAGACAUGACACGUUGUUGCUUCGACAUAGCGGGAAUCUGAUAUUUGAUGUCAUUCACUUUUGUGAACUACAAAAACAAGUUUUAUUGCCCUGGACAGUUCCCUACCAGACCUGUUGCACAUGAAUGUCGUUGCAUCACGAGAUGAUAUCCAUACACCUACUAGACAACUGCAAGUUGCUUCUUCGCUGAGACCAAAUUUCUGCCAGGAUCUAUCUGAUUCGAUUUGCUUUUAUCAAGUAUUUAACUCUGCAACUCCAAACAGUUUGAAAAUUCCACGCUUUAUUGAUCACUUCAUCAAUGGUUCCAAGACUCCCAUGUUACUUAUCAAUACUGGAAACAAAAGUACUCAGAUAGGUGUAAAACAUGAACGCCUUCACCAAAACUGGAGAGAUUUCAUUCUUGAGCAUCAACUGCAGCACAACGAAACUCUUGUCUUUGUUCCAGAAUCUGAAAACAUAUUUACAGCCUUGAUCUUCGACGAUACCGGAGUUGAAAAGGUUUUUCCUUGGUAUCACACAUUUAAUAUUUAUUCACAUGCUUAACGAAUUUAGCUGACCAUGCUGUGUAAUAUACCUACGAGUUAAAUACAUUACCGGUAAUUUUCGCUUCUACUUAGCUAAACUAUGCAGCCACUGGCCCGCGAUCCUUAAUACAUUACUUCUUUUUUGAAUUAAUUAAUAUUAAAAAAUUAAUUACUCA